UAAUAGAAAUGAAAUCAAUAAAACCAAACAUGCAAUUAUAGUAUUAGGUAGAGUUUAAUGACUUACCUUCUUAACAAUUUUAAAAAACACCCCAGUCUUUUACACGUAGCAACUUGUGCCGUAUAAGUUAUAGUCAUUGUUACACAAUUAAUUCAAAUAAAUAAUAAAAAACUACACACUGUAUCACCGGAUCAUUUUGAAAUUAAAUAAAUAAAGCACCAACACAAAGAGAUUGUGAAUGAGACAUCUACUGUUUUAAGAGUAAAUGAUUCAUAGUUGUCAUCUGUCUUUAACUAUUAAUAUACACUUCUCGGUAAAAAAGAUCGUAGAAUUUUACGAAUUUAUGACACCGACACAUCCAUAACCCACCUCACUCCACGAACUGUUCAUAAACAUAUGAUUUUUGAACGAAGUUUAGCGAAAGUGAUCGUUUGAACUACUAACGGUAAAAUAACAUAGACAACCCAGAUUACUGUUGGUUGCAUAGUAUUUGCAUACCUACAUUUAAAUUACUCACAGACGUGACUUCUUGCUUUACCUGAACUGCUUAUGUUCUGUGCUGCCAACGUAAUAAUCCUAGACCAAACCAGGUCUAGGGUAAUAAUAAUAAUAUCAAUAGUGUCCCAUUUUAUUUUUUAUUUACCUUUAUGAAUAAGCGGGAGGUAGAAAUUAGUAAAACCUUGUCGUGGAUUUUACGCCAUGGUGCUGUUAAGUUAGGAUUGCAAAUAAAUAAAGAAGGUUAUGUACCUGUCAACGAUAUAUUAACGCAUCAACAAUUUAAGGAUAAAUUUAAUAUAGAAGAUAUUAAACGUAUAGUGGAUAAUAAUGGUAAACAAAGAUUUACUAUCAAAGAUGUUCAAGGUGAUUUUUUAAUCAAGGCCAAUCAGGGACACUCGCUACAGGAAGUUAAUAAUCUUGGUUUGAUCCCCAUAACCAAAGUUAACUUUGAGGUUAUACACGGAACAAACUUUAAAGCUUGGAAUGUAAUUAAAAAUGUAGGUUUGUCAUGUAUGACAAGAAAUCAUAUACAUUUCGCUAAAGGUCUUCCGAAAGACAAAUCUGUUAUAAGUGGCAUGAGAAGUAAUGCCGAAGUUUAUAUUUACAUAAACCUUGAACUAGCAUUGAAGGAUAAAAUACAAUUUUUUUUGUCUGAAAACCAAGUCAUUUUGAGCCCUGGUAACCUAGAGGGAUUAAUCGAGCCAAAAUAUUUUUUAAAGGUUGUUACCCCAAGUGGGGUGAUAUUGUAAGCUCAAUUUUAAAAAUGGCAGCUGUAAGGGCAAAAGAUAAUUUGGAACAUUUUCAGUGUGAAGUUUGUAAAUUGACUUUGAGUGGGAAAAUUAAUAUUGAGGCGCAUUUAAACGGGCAAAAACAUAAGAAAAAUGAGGUUAGGCAGCAGCAAGCAGUCAGGGAGAAGGAGAAGUUGGACUGUGGAUUAUUUAUUACAGGGUUUUCUUUGCCAAUAAAUCAAAAACUGGCCCUGGACCAUUUCGCAAAGUUCGGUAACAUUAUGACGACGUUUUUCAGCGGUACAUAUUUAUUGUUGGAAUACUCAAAAUCCGCCGAAGCUGAAAUGGCAUUAAAAUCCGAACACAACCUACAAGGUAAAAAAUUGAUUGUCAACAAAAGAAAAAGCAAAGAAGCUCAAGUGAUACAGGAAGAAAAAAACGAUCCGCAACUGCUGCCCCAAAUAGAGAACGUCGCAAGUUUUGACCAGCAACUGCAAAUUUUAAUGAGGACGUUGCAACCAAAUUUAGAGGCGGAAUUCGCGAAAUACCAUCAAAUCUGCAUCGACUUGAAGCAGGCGUUGGUUCAUUUUUUCCCGCAAUGUUUGAUUUACCCGUUCGGAUCGACAAUAUCGGGGGUGUGUUUCAAUUUGAGCGACGUCGACGUGUACGUGGAAAACAUGAGGUUCAACUCGGAAAAAGACGUCAAGUGUUUGUUCAAGGCCAAGUCUGCGCUGGCCAGAUCGCGCAGAUUCGCCAACAUUAUCGUGAUACCGAAGGCGAAAAUUCCGAUUUUGAAAACGGUGCACGUGCGGACCAAAAUAAACGUCGAUAUAAAUUGCAAGAACAUGCUGGGGGUGUUUAAUUCGCAACUCAUCAAGUACUACAUUGAUGUUGAUAGCAAAAGGGUUAAGCCGUUGAUUAUGGCGAUCAAAUAUUGGGCUAAAGUGCAAAAAAUUACGGGGAGUAACCAUUUGAUCACCAAUUACUCGUUGUGUAUGUUGAUUAUUUUCUACUUGCAACAGCACUUUUCCAUACCGUCUGUAAGAGAGCUGCAAAGGGACCCAAGCGUGAGGCAUUUGCAAAACGGUUGGAAUGGUGCUUUCACGCCAAUACAUUGCAGCAAUCCCUUGGGAAACGCGACAACCUUGGAGUUAUUGAAGGGAUUCUUCACGUAUUAUUCCACGUUUAAGUACAAAUCACACAUAAUAUGCCCAUACUUGGGGAAAUGCCUGGAGAAAAGCACGUUCGAAAAAAUCGAGACGGUGCCGAAAGAUUUCACUCACUACCGAAAAAUCGCCUCCACCGAGGGAGAAUCACUGAAAAUAGACAGCGCCAUAUGUCUUCAAGACCCCUUCGAACACAACCGCAACACAAUGUCGCAAAUAACCCCCGUAACGCUGAGCGUGUUCACCAUGUAUUGCAGCUUAGCUGCGACUAUAUGCGCCGAAGGAGAAACCAACUUGCUGCACAAAUUGUUCACCCAAAAACCCGAAGGUUUCACCACUCUUAGCAACACCGACGAACAAGCUGAGUUUUCCUUGCACAAAAAAGGGAACCCAGCUUACCUACCCGAACUUAACCCUAUGGAGAUUAACGCCGCUUGGUUCAAAGUGAUCGUGAACUAUACGAAAACGGUCUUCAGAGAUUUGCUGUUGUUUUCGAUGGAGGAAAUCUGCGAACCCCCCACGCCGAGUAAAGUCACAAAACAAGAAGGACAAGACGAUGUUCAUACAAACUCGAAUUUUGCGGAGAAAAUUGUUUUCAAAUGCGAAGGAAAGUUCGAUACGUGGACUGUACGUAAAAAUAUCGCGAGGACGGUAGCUUCAACUAAAACCACGUUUCUCGAAAAGGAAUUAGAAUUGACUGAACAUCUAAAAAACAUUUACAAAGGUAUAGAAAAUAGUUCAGAAUUAAUAGGGUUUCAGUUAAGUAUAAUUUGCAAAAACGAGCCGUGUUCGGUAACUAUACAAAUACAAAAAUCGUUUUCGCAUAAAAAAAUAUUCAAAACUUUCACGCAGUUUAUAACCAGUAAAUUUCCCCAUUGGUUUAGUUUUUAUGAGGGCGACUUGCUUCAAAGAAAAAUUACUUUCAGCAAGUUAAACGAUAUUCUUUUGACAAAUAAUUGAUAUUUUUAAUGUAAAGUAAUGAUAUACUUUAUGAAAUUGUAUAUAUAAUAUUAUACACAAAAUUCUUUUAUGAUUAUAAUUUUUUUAAGAACUAAAUAUUUUUUGGUUUUGUGCACGUAUAUAAGUUGUACCUAAAUACUUUUUAAAAUAAAAAACUGUUACAUAAUACUAUGUAAUAAAUGUUGCAACUUUUAACCCUUGUUUUAUUCUCCACACAAUAUAACUAAAAUAAAUGCUUAUUAAGAGUUUAUUAAAGCCAACAAAUUAGUAUAAAAUACAGAUUCAUUAAUCACAAAGUUGAAGUAAAAAAUUUCUCUAAUAAAAUAAAUUAACUUAUAUAAUCUUUCUGCAGUAAAAUACUUUUAUAUAUUUAAGUUAAACUUGAAAUAUUUUCAACUGACAUGGACUUUAUAAUAUCUCUAGAUCACAGUGCCUUAUUUCCGGAUGUUUUUUCUAAAAAGAAACUCGACAUUUUAGAUUUUUUUUGGCUGGGGAUAAAAAUAUUUGUACUUACCCUUAAUUUCAUUUCUAUCCUAUCUAUUUCACCACCCAUCAUGUCGACAAUAUUUUCCCCAUGACAUAACAUGAAUUCCUCCAACUUGUCUAUGUUUUCCAGUUUUUUUAUUUCCUGUAAACAAACACAGUUGAAGUAAAACUU